AUGGCCGAAGGAAGACAAGGUGAGUACUUGGCAGAUGAACAGACGCCGCCACCGGCCCUUCAAAUGCUGCAGAAACUGCAACUCUUUCGCACAACACUGGUUAACUUUAUUGAGUGGAAAAACAUUGAGGAAGUAGUUAGAGGAUGUUUUGUGCGAGUUCUUCUUGAAAUGCGUAGUGAAGAUGUAAGACGCGAUAACAGUGAUCACUACUACAUUGCAUGUGUAAAAGGAGCUAGACGUGGACCUAAAUAUUCUGGUUUCUCUGCAGAUAUGGCCAGUACAGAAUGGCAUAUAGUAAUUGAGUUACCACCAUGUUUCCGGGCAACACAGAAUGGUAAUGUCGUGCAGUUAAAUUCCAUAUCUAAUUCCCCUUUUAAACAAUCGGAAUAUCAACAAUGGAUUGAAAUGACUCGAGAGGCAGGGCAUCCUUUUAUAAGUUUACCGCAAUUACAGUUUCGAUUAGGCAUGUUAGAAGAACACAAACAACAAGCGCUCGCACCAGAGCCAAGGCGUAGACGUCAUGGGGAAGAUCCACAAACAGCAGAAAGACGUGAACAGGCACUUAAUGCACUUCGGGAAAAAAUUAAAGCUGAGGUACUCAAUACACAUGUUCAAAUGCCAACCAUUGCGGAACUACAACAACGACCACUCGAACAAUUACAAGAAAUUGAACGUGAAAUGCUUGAAUUGAUUAGCCGAGUACGAAUGACUAUUAAUGAACGUUCAAAGUGUAUGAUUUGUCACCGACGUCUUUGUACGGUCAUUUGUUAUCCAUGCAAACACCAGGUAUUAUGUAAAGACUGCGCUGAACACAUCCACGGCCAAUGUCCUGUGCAGAAUUGCAAUAUUCCGGUUCAGGCACAUUUUGAGGCGUAUACGUCGUAA